AUGACGGAUACACUGCUUGUUCGAAGCAAACCUACAGAGCCACUAUUGGGCUACAAUGGAGCAAAAAGAUAUCUCUGUCCACCAAGAGGCCAUAGACAGCCUGCCGAUAGGCACGAUACUUCGUUGAAGUUGAAGCAACUACGAUCAGAAAUGGUACGCAUCGCUUCCAUCCAAGGACCACCUCUAGAUGGAUACAUUAUCACUUCAGAUGAUGCUCAUCAGACCGAAUCGUUGGAUCCUCGGGACAUGAGAAGAGAAUUCAUUACUGGGUUCUAUGGAAGUGCUGGCGAGGCUGUCAUUACUUUGAACAAGGCUGUGUUUUGGACCGAUGGAAGGUAUCAUGUCCAGGCUGACCAUCAACUUGACUGUAAUUGGUUUCUCAUGAAACGUGGUAGGGAAGAUGUACCCACGAUAACAGACUGGCUGAGACACGAGUUUCAAAGUAGCCCAUCAGUGCGUAUUGGCGCUGAUCCAACGCUCGUUUCUAGUGUCGACUGGGAAACGUGGGACUAUAAAUUAGCGAAUUCAUCCGUAAGAUUGGUUCCUGUCCGUAACAACCUGGUGGACUUGAUCUGGCAGGUCGGCCGACCGAAUUACAAUCCGCACGCGGCUUAUCCGUUGCUGGACAAGUAUUCCGGAAGAUCCUGGCAGGAAAAGGUCAAGUUGAUCCGAACGGAAAUGGAGGCCUCGGAAGUCGACGCACUCGUCCUUACUGCACUCGACGAGAUAGCCUGGCUGUUGAAUAUCCGUGGAUACGAUCUGCCUAAUACACCUGUUUUACGAGCGUACGCUGUCGUCACCCACGGGGCUAUUCACCUGUACACACCGCGACAGAAAAUUUUACGCUCGGUUGAAGUGCACUUGAAGAUGGACUAUUGCAACCAUGAGAACUGCGUGACGUGGCAUAAUUAUACAUCUAUUUGGUACGAUUUACGGACAAUGUCGCAAGCAUGGAAGACAGUAUGGUUACCAACGCGAUGCGGUUACACUCCAGGCGCUUCCAUGGAAAUAUUCAACUCUAUCCCAUUAGAGAAACGAUUACCGAAACCCUCACCGGUUCUGAACUUCCGGGCGCAAAAAAACGAGGUCGAAGCAGAAGGUAUGAGACGGUCUCAUUUAAGGGACGCAGUGGCAAUGUGUGAUUUUCUGGCGUAUAUGGAGGAACAAUAUGAAUUGAAUUCGGAAGGAUGGGACGAAAUGCAGGUGGCUAGAUUGAUUAACGAGUUCCGUUACGAGCAGGACAACAAUAAGGGUAUCGCCUUUCCCACUAUUGCCGGAUACGGUGCCCACGCUGCCAUCCCCCAUUACGAACCCAACAAUCUCACGAAUAUUGUAAUUGGAAAGACGUCUACAUUGGUGGUAGAUUCUGGGGGUCAAUAUUUAGAUGGAACAACCGACGUAACGAGAACCCUCCAUUUUGGAAUUCCAACGGAAGAGCAGACGAAAGCAUACACGAGAGUGCUAAUUGGUGCAAUACAGUUAUCGUCCUUGGUGUUCCCGAGUAGCGUGAAGUCCAGUCAGCUGGAUGUUGCUGCAAGAUCUCCGUUAUGGAACAUCGGUUACGACUAUUUGCAUGGAACUAGCCAUGGGAUCGGCCACUUCUUGUCUGUCCACGAAUCGCCUAUUAGUAUAUCCUACGCACAAGUUGCUUCUUCAGACAAAGAGUGUGGACCCAUUGAACUGCAACCAGGAUUCUUCCUGUCUAACGAGCCAGGAUACUACAAAGAAGGCGACUUUGGUGUACGCUUGGAGAACGUUCUCGAAGUUGUCGAAGCUAGUAAAUCGAGGGACUCAGAAACAUUUCUGAAAUUCAGAGACAUAACGCUAGUUCCGUAUGAGCCAAAACUGAUUGACACCAGCAUGCUAAAUCCAUCCCAUAGACGAUGGCUAAAUAAUUAUAAUCGUCGAAUUCGAGACGAAGUUGGCCCGGAAUUAAAGAAGAGACUCAAGAUGAAUGCUUUUGAGUGGCUGUUGAAGAAAACUGCGACCAUUCCAGAGUCGAGUCCGGUCGAUGAAGGACUACUUUUUGGCCAUUCUCGCUCAACACCUUCCACUUUCAAACAAUUCCAUGUGCUAGUUUUCGUCAUGUUCAUUUACUACGUUCUACCCAAUCUUCCAAACAUGUGGAGUUAA